ACACAACUUCCUUCUUUUCGUUAAAAAUACAGGCGACUAACGUGUGUGUUUUUCACGCUUAGCAAAAUCUAAAAAAAUGGAUAAGCCCGUAGUUCUCGCACGCGUUGUUAAAGUUUUAGGACGUACCGGAUCCCAGGGACAAUGUACUCAAGUAAAAGUAGAAUUCAUUGCUGAGCAAAAUCGUCAGAUCAUUCGCAAUGUAAAGGGGCCCGUCAGAGAAGGUGAUAUCCUUACCUUGCUGGAAUCUGAACGUGAAGCUAGAAGGCUAAGAUAGGAUGUUAAUUUAGGAAUUUUUCAAGAAAGAAAGCUGUUGGAAUGGAUCGUAACCUUGUGUAUCACACUUGUACAUUUAUUAAAAAAUAUAUAAUAAAUUUGUUCCAAUAGUA